UCUCUGCACGACCAGGAGUUUGAGAAGAUGCUGAAGCAGGACGAUACGUUCGGCCUGGCGGAUCUGGAGCGCAGUGCGGCUACCCUCUGCUCCCACCUGGAGAAGCCCAUCAAGACAGAGUACUCCUCUCCAGACUACGGCCAGACACAUGGCCAUGGUGGCUCCUCACAGCUCCGCCCUGGCAUCCACUGGUCCCUCCUUCACCAUGUCCAGCUCCUCCCCCAUCACCAACCAGAAGAGCCAAGGCCAGGGGCCCUCAGGGCUGGCUGGACCCCCCAGCAGAGGUCUCCCUGGCUGGCCUGAGGUGUCCCAUGCAGAGCAGCUAAAGCAGAUGGCAGCCAACCAGAACCAGCAGCAGCCCAAUCCCCAAGCCCUGCUCCACCACCAACAGCCACACCAACAGGCUCAGGCUGGAGGGGGAGGAGGACCAGGGACCAGUUGGAACACGCAGCCCUCCUCCAGCUCCUUCCCCCAGGACAAGCUCUCCAACCCGGCCUCAUUGGGCCAGAGGAUCACCCCCCAGACCUCCAUGGACAGUCAGGGUAAAGGCAUAAACAACUGUCUGUUCAAGCCCAAUGGACACAACACCUCCAGCCACCUGGAUAUGAAGGUGCUCAGCAACAAACCAAUGCUCCACUUCAGCCCCAAAGCAUCCCAGCAACCCUCCACUAUGGCAGGUCCACUGAGUAAGACUACAGCCCAUCAACAACAACAACAGCCGUCCACCUCAGCCCAGAACUUGAACACAAACCACCCAGUUCAUAACUACCCACAGCAGCAACGGCCCAUGUCUGGGCCUCCUCACUUGCAGCCCAAGUCCCUGGCCCAGAGAACCCCUCUCAGCCAGCAUGGAGCUGGACCUGGGCUCCACUUUAAACUGGCUCAACAACGACAGAUGCCUCCUGGGCCUCGUCUGCCCACCAACGGCAGCCUAGUGGGGAUGUCAGCCCAGACCCAGGCCCAGGCCAACCAACGUCCCCCUGCCCCUGGCUCCAACACCCAGCAGAAACCCCCAGGACCAGGGAAGACCCAGGUCAUGCAGAGACAGCUAGCCCAGCAGCAGCACAUCAUCAAUGACUCUGACAAAAUCAAUAGUAGCCAGGAUCUGUUUAACCGUCAUCUAACCAGACCACCACCAGACUAUAAACAGCCCAGAGGAAUGGUCCAACCUACAGGCCUUUUCACAGGUAUGAGUUCUUCCCAGUCGUUGUCGACCAACGGGUCUGACCAGAGUGACCUUCUAUCCAUGUCCUGCCACAUGCCCAGCGGCCCGGGAUCCAAGAUGACCCCUCCUCCCACGGACUGGAGAUUUGGAAGAGGCCCCCACACUCACCAGAUCCAACAGCACAACAACCAGAUCAAGAUGGGACUCGGAGUCGGAGGAGGACUCAGCCAAAACAAGUCCAGGUUCCCUGGUCCUCCCAAUGGCCAGGGUAAUGGGUUUGAGGUGGGUGGUCUUACCAGUGUACAACAUCCCUCAAGGACAUCAGUAGGCCAGCAGGGUGGAGGGAUGCCCAGUCAGGGGCAGGGUCUCGGGCUGGGGGGUGUGAUGGGCUGGCCUCCUGGAGCUAAAGCUCCCAUCAUGGUCCCUGGGUCUCUCGGGGUAAGGCAGCCCCCGAACUCGCUCCAACCACAGGGGGCCCAUUCCCAGUCUCAGCUCGACAUGUCCAGCCACCAGUACCCUCCUGGCCCCCGGCACAUAGGCCCUGGCCCACCCAACCAGGUGGCACCAGAAAUUGGCAUGCUGCCUCUGAACCCAGCCCUCCGCAACUCCACCACCACCACCAAUCCCAGACCCAGCCAACCCAUGAUGCCUCCUCUGCCAGGGCUACCAAGCCUCAACCAGGCCUCUCCGGAGCAGAGGGUUCCCGCUGGGGGCAGCACCAUCGGGGUCUUCCCACCACAUAACCACAACCCUGGGGGAAGCUACCAGACCCAGAACAGCCGGGCUGUUAACCGACUGACCUUUGAAUUCCUCCAGGAGGGAGACAACACCGUCCCAGGGAUCAACACUGACUCAGACUUCAUCGACUCGCUGCUGAAGUCUGGAUCCGGCAACGACGACUGGAUGAAAGACAUCAACCUCGAUGAGAUCCUGGGCAGUCACUCAUAAAGUGACCUCGAUGAGAUCCUGGGCAGUCACUCAUAAAGUGACCUCGAUGAGAUCCUGGGCAGUCACUCAUAAAGUGACCUCGAUGAGAUCCUGGGCAGUCACUCAUAAAGUGGGAUGAUGUGGGAUUGCAUAAAUAGGGCCCAGAGUUUUUCCAUGCAGCUCUCGUGAAUUCAGGUUCAUUCCAGAGAGUUUUUCUCUUCUAUUCUCGUGAAUUCAGGUUCAUUCCAGAGUUUUUCUCUUCUUCAAGUCUCAUGAAUUGGGGUUCAUUCUAGAUAGUUUUUCUGUAGAACAAUUCCACAGAAUUGGUGGCCAGUUUUUCCAUCAAAACAUUCCAUAGAAUUGGGAGCGCUGGUCAGGAGUUCUUCCAGGUUAGAUGGGCCAUGUGGUGUGGAAAACUCCUGGCCUUAAUUAUAGGCUCCAACUAGAGCCAGGAGCUCCUCCCUCUUCUGGUCAGGAUAAACUCCAGGACCCAUCCAUAAAGACUGAUAACUGCAAACGCAGAACUUUCCCCAUACAGAGACUAUGGAUGGCCUUGGGUGUGCAUCCCAAAUGGUACCCUAUUCCCUUUAUAGUACACUACUUCUGACCAGGAUCCAUAGGGCUAUGGUUGAAAGUAGUGCACUAUAUAGGGAUUAGGGUAUCAUUUGAAACACAGACCAUGAAUGGCCAUGAGUCAGAAUUCACCUAAAGGGAUUACAUUUGCAAAGCUAUAAUGUCAUUUUGUAAACCCAAUAUAUAAUUUGAUAUCUAAUUGUACUUUUUGUGUAUUCCUGUGAAGAAAUAUAUAUUCUGUAUAAUAAUAUUUUAGUACAUUAUAAAGGUUCAUUGAAUAAGAAGAUUCUCUGACAGCGUCUUGACCUGAUUCUGAAUAUAUUCUACCAAACCUUUCUCUUUUCAUAACAUGGGUAUCGUCCAAAAAUGUCACCCUAUUCCAUACAUAGCGCACUACCCAGUCUUCAUUAUAUAGGGGAUAGGGUGUCAUUUCUGACACAGAUAUGGGAGGUAGUGUACUGCUAGUGACUAGAGCCAUGUGGGCCCUGUAAGACAUGGGGUAGAGGGGUCCAACCAUGGUCAACUGUGAACAGGAAGUGGCUGUCAUACUUCCAGACUUUGUCCAAAAUGACGCCGUAAUUCCCCUUUUAUUACCAGUAUGCACAGUAUGCACUACCACAUAAUGCUCUGGUCAGAAGUAGAGUACUGUAGUAGGGAAUAGGGUGUCAUGACAGGAUAUACCUCCCCUUUUAUUAUGCUCCACCACAUAAUGCUCUGGUCAGAAGUAGAGUACUGUAGUAGGGAAUAGGGUGUCAUGACAGGAUAUACUCCCCCUCCCCACCCAGACCCAUCGUGGUGUUUCAUGUUUUGAAUGAUGAUGCUGUCUCAGGUGUUUGUUAUAUUUACCACAGACACUUUACUCAUCAUGUUAUUUGUACUUUUCUGGCUUAUCGCCUGGGACUGGUUUGAACGGCAAGCCACAUCUUAAACCAUUUAUUUUAGAUUUUUUGAUCUAAUAUUUAAUAAUCUAUUGGGAGAAAAAAAUAUACACGACAUUAUAAACAAUCUAAUGAAUAAAAAUGUUUUAAAUAAA